GGCACCCACCCCACGGGUCCCACCACCAACCACCACUCCCGGCCCGCAGGCCCCGCAGGUGCCACCCCACAGACCAGCACCCCGCAGCAGAGGCUCCCGCAGACCGGCUGGCUGGAGGGACAGGCACUGGCCGAGGUCACCCACCCCAGCAGGUUGGUGGGACACAGCGCAGGUGGAGAGGUCCUGAAGCAUCAGCUGGACACCAGGGUCCGGAAUGAGUCUGGAGCGGGAGGCGGCCCCGGGGUGCAUCUGGCGCAGGUCAGCUUCAUGGUGCGUGCCUUUGGCUCAGCCUUCAUCCUGGACCUGGAGCUCAACCACCACCUCCUCGCCUCGCACUAUGUGGAGCGGCACCUCGGUGUAGGACAGAACAGCAGCAGCACGGGCACAGGCGAGCACUGCUACUACCAGGGCCGGGUUCGCGGGUGGCCCCGCUCCUUCGCAGCGCUCUCCAGCUGCCAGGGGCUGCAUGGGGUCUUCUCAGAUGGACGGGAUGUAUUUCUGAUUGAGCCCCAAGCAGGCACCGAGCACGCGGAGGGUCUCCAGCCACAUCUCAUCCAGCGCACCCCAAGCUGUGCCCUGCCAGGCUGCAUGCUGGGUGCCGUGGGGCAGACUGGCUCAGGCAGCUCAGCCAGGCUGCGGCGGCAGCGGAGGCAGGUGCGUCGGGCACAGCACACAGUGCACAGUGAGACCAAGUACAUUGAGCUGGCCGUGGUGAACGACCAUCAGCUGUUCCUACAGCUCCGCAGGUCCGUGGUGCUCACCAGCAACUUCGCCAAGUCUGUGGUCAACCUGGCUGACAUGAUCUACAAGGAGCAGCUCAACACCCGCAUCGUGCUGGUGGCCAUGGAGACGUGGGCUGCAGGGGACCGCAUCCGCAUGGAGGAGGACUCAAUGGGGACACUCAACGAGUUCAUGCGGCACCGGCGCGAGGAGCACAGCGACGCCAUCCACCUCUUCUCGGGACGCACCUUCCAGAGCAGCCGCAGUGGUACCGCCUUCGUUGGGGGUAUCUGCUCAGCCGGGCGUGCUGGUGGGGUCAACGAGUAUGGCAACAUGGCGGCCAUGGCGGUGACACUGGCGCAGACGUUGGGGCAGAAUGUGGGCAUGAUGUGGAACAAGCACCGCGCAUCAGCAGGGGACUGCCGCUGCCCUGAUGCGUGGCUGGGCUGCAUCAUGGAGGACACGGGGUACUACCUCCCACGGAAGUUCUCCCGCUGCAGCAUUGAUGAGUACAACCAAUUCCUGCAGGACGGCGGUGGCAGCUGCCUCUUCAACAAACCCCUCAAGCUCCUGGACCCACCAGAGUGCGGCAAUGGGUUUGUGGAGGCAGGAGAGGAGUGCGACUGCGGAUCGCAGACGGAGUGUGCCAGGAGCGGAGGGAACUGCUGCAAGAAGUGCACGCUGACACACGACGCCAUGUGCAGCGACGGGCUGUGCUGUAAGGGAUGCAAGUAUGAGCCACGUGGUGUGUCCUGCCGGGAGGCGGUGAAUGAGUGUGACAUCCCUGAGACAUGCACUGGGGACUCCAGCCAGUGUCCCCCCAACCUCCACAAACUGGACGGGUACUUCUGUGACAAUGAGCAGGGCCGCUGCUACGGUGGGCGCUGUAAAACCCGGGACCGGCAGUGCAACGCGCUAUGGGGCCGCGGCUCUGCGGAGCGCUUCUGCUACGAGAAACUCAACGUGGAGGGCACCGAGAGGGGCAACUGCGGGCGCGAGGGCGCGGGGUGGACGCAGUGCAACAAGCAGGACGUGCUGUGCGGGUUCCUGCUGUGCGCCAACAUCUCGGGGACGCCGCGGCUGGGCGAGCUGAGCGGGGAGGUGGCCACCACCACUUUCUUCCAUCAGAACCGCUACGUGGACUGCAGGGGCGGCCACGUGCAGCUGGCGGAUGGCUCAGAGCUGAGCUACGUGGAGGACGGCACGCCGUGCGGCCCUGCCAUGCUGUGCCUCGACCACAAAUGCCUUCCGGUCACCGCCUUCAACUUCAGCUCCUGCCCCGGCAGCGGGGAUGGGAAGAUCUGCUUUGAGCACGGGGUGUGCAGCAAUGAGGGGAAGUGCAUCUGUCAGCCCGAGUGGACGGGGAAGGACUGCAGCGUCUACGACCCCAUUCCUGAACCCAAACCCACGGGGGAGACGGAGCGCUACAAGGGUCCCAGUGGCACCAACAUCAUCAUCGGGUCCAUCGCCGGGGCCGUACUGGUGGCUGCCAUCGUCCUUGGUGGCACGGGAUGGGGAUUCAAGAACAUCCGCCGCGGAAGGUACGACCCGGCGCAGCAGGGAGUGUAACCCCCCACCCCGUCGUCUCCUCGUCACCAUCACCGUCCGGCGGCAGCGGUGACCCCCCCGGGCCGGAACCGCCGCCCGUCUGUCCGUGUCACUGUCUGUCCGGCUGCCCCCGUGCUGUCUCCAUCUCUGUGCCCACCCCAAAGAGCCCAGUGGGGCGGGGGGGGCUCUUUGGGGCUUGAUGUCCCCCGUGUCCCCCCAUCCCAUACCUCGUGUCACCCCCCUGCACUAAAGCGCUCCUCACUUCUGUGUUGCAGGUCCGGGGGGGCCUGAGCUGGUCCACCCGAGGAGGGAGGAGAGCACGGGGGGAUCCCCCCGACCCCACUGCACCGCCACGAAUGUCCGGAACCCCCGGGCCCUCUGGGGUUGGGGUCACUGCACCGCCAUGAAUGUACCCGGGGGGGCCACAACAGGACCCCCAACCCCACAUGGCCCUGGGAGGGGAGGGGGUCAGAACCCCUCCUCACUCCAUGUCAACAUCUUCCAGCUCUGGGGGCUGCACCCCAUCAGGCAUCAGGCCAGUAUGCCCCAGUACCCCCCAGUACCAGGCCAGUUGUCCCCUCCAUGUCCCCAGAGCAGGGCCUGGAGGCCAUCCCCGUCCCCCCUCAUCUCACGUCCCCACCAGUGGGGUCCCACACCCACAGGUGCCAGGCUCUGGGUCAAGGACAUUCCCCAUCCAUCAUCCUCUUUCGUACACCCCAAAAUGGGGACACCAACGGCAUCAGGGCCACCCUAUGGGGCUGGGGGGCAGGGUGACCCCAGGGGAGUGUCACCCUGUGUCCCCUUGUUCCCUUGUCCCUUGGAGUCACUGGGAUGCUCAUUCCCCUGAUCCCAUUUGUCCCCUUGUUCCCCUUGUCCCUUGUCCCCUGGGGUCACUGGGAUGCUCGUUCUUCUGCCCCCCUGGUCCCCAUGGUACUUCAUGUGUCCUGUGUGUCACCCUCAGGACAAGGGGGUGGCACGUGUCACCCCUGUCCCCGCGGCCCCACAUCACCCCAUGCCAUCCAUCCCACACCACCACGGAGCACUUAGGGCCCACCGCAGCCCCACGAUGACACACAGCACAGCGGGGACCCCACACCCACGGUGGGGUGGCGGUGUCCCCCCAUAUGUGUCUCCUGCUAUGGGGUCAGCUGUGGGACAGGAGGUGUCCCCAGGGCUGCCUGCAUGGGGUGACCACGAGUGGCAGUCCCAGGACCAUAGGGUGGAGGUGGCAGCAGGAUGGGAUGUCCCCAUACUCAGCUGUGGUCGUGUCCCCAUAUGACACGGCAGCCCCACGGCGAUGGGCUGUGG